AUGACCUCCCAAACACCCACGAAAUCGAAUCUCACUGCUCUCCUCGCGAGCACAUCAGGGGGAAAUGCUACCCUUGUGAGAUGUCCAACAGAUAUGCUGCAGCGACUACGAAAUCUUCACGAAGCGGAAUGGAUUACACUCUUCACACCAGUUGUUCCUCAUCCUCCUUCGACCGCGCUGGAGAGAAACAUGGACCCCUUCGAACCACUUGGAAGGGCCCUGGCUCGACAGGUUCGACAUGUCCCUUACCGCCUAGAUUACGGCAUGACGGAAACUCACGUCGACUUCAUUCCCUCAGCCGGGGCGAUCCUAAUCGUGAUCUGUACCACGGAGAACAUCAUGUCCCACAACAGCCGGGCCUUCGAACAGCAGAGGAAGUUCGCUCGGGACAUCCAGAAGAAGGUCGAAGACAAGAGUGGUCGGAGUAUCACGCCCAUGAUCCUCCUUCUCUGCACCAACGGCGCCAACAAGCAGACUCACCAGGACGGGUUGAGCGAGUUUCCGGCUCUGCUCACUUGCACGGACUACAACACGCUCGCCCUCUCGAACGCUGUACGCGUUUUGUUCGACAACUGA